AUGCGGUGGUCCAUCAGGCAGUGCUUCAGAGCCUCUGUGGCCAUCAUAUUGCUGUGGUUCUUCAUCAUCCUGAAGGUGCCUGAGGAGAUUGAAGACGUCCAAAAUGUGGUGACUAUUCUUUGGGGAAAUGGGCAUGCACAGUGGGAAGGUGAGGACAGGCAGGUUGCCUCGGGAACCUGGCCUUUGCUUCUAACCCUCUCCACCUGGGAGCUGGGAGCUCUGAGUGGAGCUGGGGUGUGGGUCUACCCAUUAUCCCAUGAAUUAGCUACAUUUUUGUGUCGUGUUUCUCAAGCAUGGCUGACGGUGGGGAUCACCUCAGUGUCACGACAGGGUCAAGGUGGCCUCUUGGAUACCCUGGCCUCGCUGUACCACGCCUCCUCCAUAGCUGAGCAGAAACGGAUAACGGUGCUGGUUCACCUGGCAGAUUCUGACUCUACCUGGCUCAGAAAAACUGUUCUCCAUAUUUCAAGCCUCUACAGCUCACAGAUCUUGGCAGGGCAAUUGCUAUUGAUCCAUGCCUCAUCUGAUGCCUACCCCACUGUGAAUAACGACCACAAUGAGCUCUCUCAAGGGCAGAUGUACUCCAAGCAGAAUGUAGAUCAUGCCUUCCUCAUGAGCUUUGCCACAAAGCUCUCUACUUAUUUCCUGUUGAUAGAAGAUGAUGUCUUUUGUGCCCCCAAUUUUGUCACCCACAUUCACUCAAAGGUGAUCAACAGGAAGCCCCACACAUGGGUGCUCCUGGAGUUCUCUAAUAUGGGCUUUCUUGGCAAACUUUUCCACAACAGGGACCUUCCUCUCCUGGUCCGUUUCCUCCUCCUCUUCCACAAGGAGCGACCACUCGACUGGCUGAUCCUUCACUUCCGUAUCCUCCUGGAUCAGCCAAACCCAAUCCUCUGCAGACCUUUCCUCUUCUACCACAGGUUAGCUCGCUUCACUUUUGAGAACAAGACCUUAACAGCCCAGGAGAAAAAUCCCCAUGGUCCUGAUGUCCUCCCCGGAGCUGUUUUCACAGACAUGAGGCACUCUGGUGUUCAUUCCCCCCAGGAGGCCUACACCCUGGAUGAGUCCUUCUUUUGGACCUACAAUGUCACUACAGGGAACUAUUGGAUAGUGAUUUUGAACCAUCCAGCAAACCUGGACAGAGUGCAAAUAAGAACAGGCUCCAUCAUGGAUGGAGAACACAUCCUCGAAAAAGGACAGGUAGAGCUGGGCUACCAGCCUGAAGGUGAGCCCCCCAACUGUACCCACUUUACCCUGCUGGGCCGUCUCGUGCAAGGGCAGAUGGAUCAGAUCCUUGUGAAAAGCGUUGGGUACCAAGUGAGCUGCGUGAAGCUGACGGUAAAUGCCAAUCAGGCCGGUGGUCUCAUGAUCAGGCAUAUCUACCUCUGGGAGGGCGAUGCCUUAAACAGAGAAGCUGACCGGAGGUACUACCUGAGGCCAGCCUUGGUGUUCUACGUCUUGCAGCCAAAGGUGGAGAGUCACAGGGAGGUUUCUGCAGCUGAAAGAGGUGGGCUUUGGAGAAACUUCACCACAGCCACCAUCAAGCUACCAGUAGUGCCUAGCCUUCCUCUGAUGCCUAUCCCGCUACUUCUACCUCCGAGUAACAUCAGUCCAGUGACCUUGAGAAACCCCAACACCCUGGCUCACCCAACCUGUCCUCAGACAUGCCUUGCAGGGGGCACGAUCCAACUUUUCCCUACUCAGGCAGAGAUGCUAUGUGGCUGA